AUGGACAAGUCAGUGUUUUUGUUGCUGCUGGUUUCGUGCGCGACGUUGGUGCCUGUCAUAAGUGCUUGGCCAAACUUUGGAAGACCAAUUUUGGAAGACAAUUUUGAUGAAUUUUUGUCCAAACCGAUUUACGUCAACAACAUUAUACCGGAUAAUUUCAAAUACAAUGGGACGAAUGAUUUAAGGAAUAAAGCGGCGGCAGAGUCUAAAGUACCGCAAUGGGUCGCUUUUCAUGGAUACGAGGUUGAGGUGCACCACGUUACGACUGAGGAUGGCUACGUUCUCGAAAUGCACAGGAUCUUAAGAAGAGUGAACAGUGAGGCUAACAAUUACACGAUUUUUUUGCAACACGGUAUUUUGACCUCAUCGAUGGAUUGGGUUAUAGCUGGCCCGGAAAAAGGAUUAGGUUUCCUUCUCGCUGACCAAGGCUACGAUGUCUGGAUGGGCAACGUCAGAGGAAACACGUAUUCUAGAAAACACGUGAAGUUAUCAACCGACGACGGUGCCUAUUGGGACUUUAGCUGGCACGAGAUGGGGCUCUACGAUUUACCGGCAAUGAUCGACUAUGCUCUGGCGAAAACCGGACAGAAAAAGCUAUUUUACAUCGGCCAUAGCCAAGGGACCACAGCCUUCUUCGUCAUGACCAGCAUGAGACCAGAAUACAAUGACAAAAUUCAUACUAUGUUCGCACUAGCUCCUGUGGUCUUUUGCAGCAACAUGUUCAGUCCUCUAUUCCAAUUCUUGUCCAAAAUUGAACAAAGCUACCUGGGCAAUAUACUUGACUGGCUUGAUGUACACGAGUUUGCACCGACAAAUAAGCUCAUAUCCAAAUUCGCUCACUUGAUUUGCAGAAACGCUGCGUCCAAGAGCAUAAAAAUUGAUAAGUUGUGCCGCAACUCAAUGUUUCUCAUUACUGGCUUCGAUAGUGAACAGUUCGAAGAUGAAAUACUCGAUAUAGUUUUCUUCCACAUUCCUGCGGGAGCAAGCGCAAAACAGUUCAGGCAUUUUGCUCAGCUUAUUUAUUCAGGGUCUUUUCGUCAAUUUGAUUAUGGAUUUAUCUACAACUACCAAAAAUAUGGCUCAUGGUCUCCACCUCAUUACGAUUUGAGCAAAGUAACAGCUCCUGUGUCUCUUCACUACAGUUUGAAUGAUUGGAUUUCCAAUGAAUCAGACGUAAGAAUUUUGGGUCAAACAUUGCCAAACAUGAUUGGUAAAUAUCGGCUACCCCACACAAACUUCAAUCACGCUGACUACCUGUGGGCGAGGGAUGUUAGAAAAAUGUUGUACUUUAAGCUUUUAUCGCUUAUUAAUAGAGAGACAGAUGCGAUCAUCAAAAGAAACAAUGCAGUUUAAGUCUGACGUUAGUAAAAUGUUUGCGUGAAUUUUUUUUCACGCUACUUUAGUCAAGUAAUUUUUAAGUUUCCUUUUACACGGCUUUCGUGUGGAACGCUUCAUUAAACUAAAAAAACGGAAGCUG